AUGACAAUAGUCACUAAUCCGUCACCAACUGGCGAUGAACCUGACAAUAUAAUUGCUAAUGCAGCCAACAGCACAUCUCAGCAAAUCAUUCCGACGGCCAUGGAACACCAACAGACUGUUAAUGCUUCUUCGCAAACAGCUCCACAAACAACAACCACUUCUGUAACAACAAAUGGCUUAACAACAAAUAUUGUCAGUGUUGUAUCCGAACUCGUCUCGGACCAGUCAGCUAAGGCAGAUAUUUCUGUUACUGCUAGUGUUGCAGAGAAUGUAAAUUUAUUAGUGCCAGUUCAAGAAGUGUCAGAUAAAGAAACAGCCUCACCUCUUAUUUUACCUAGCUGUGCUCAAAGGGAAGCUGAACCGGACUUUCCCCAUGUCGAACUUGGAAAGUUAGAUGAAAUGAUUAAUAGACAGAGGUGGGUUGUUCCAGUACUGCCUGGUAAUGAGUUAGAGGUAUUAUUAGAUGCUUCAAUAGAUUUAUGUCGAAGAGGCCUAGAUACAAAAAGUGAAGCCUGCCAAAGAUUUUUUAGAGAAGGGUUGACAAUUUCGUUCACAAAAGUGCUAACAGAUGAUGCAGUUAGUGGAUGGAAAACUGAAAUUCACAAGUGUAUUUUGAAAAAUUCAGAAAAAUUAGUUGAAUUAUGCGUUUUAAAGCUAGACCAAGACUGGUUUCCAUUACUUGAUUUAUUAGCAAUUGUAUUUAAUCCUAAUUGUAAGUUUCAUUCAUUCAAUGCAAACAAGUUACCUGAAAGAUUGAUGUCUGAACUCGAUGAAGAGGUAUUUGCCAAACCAUUUUCAGACCAGAGACCACAAAGAGGAUGGUUAGUUGAUUUAAUAAAUUUAUUUGGUUCGCUGGAUGGCUUUAAAAUCUUAUUAGAGAGAUUCAACUCUAAUUUGUCGAUACCCGUGGUUGCUGCACUGAUCAGACCUUUUGGCAUCUGUGCUGAAAUGUUGACUGUCAGUACCUUAGAAAAAUAUUUUAUGCCUAUAGUCGAAAAAAUCACAUUAUAUUUAGAUAAUCUGACUGAUGAUGAAUUGAAAAGGGAGGCCAAAAUGGAGGCUAAAAAUGAUACUUUAUCUAAUAUAAUAAACUCUUUGAAGUGUGUUGUGGCUAGGUUGCCUAAUCAAGAGGAAAAAGUGAAAAGUUUAGAAAUGUUCAGACUUCAGAUUAUUUUCAGACUGCUACAAAUAUCAUCAUUCAAUGGCAAGAUGAAUGCCCUGAAUGAAAUCAACAAACUGAUAACAAGCAUAUCAUACAACAUUAACAAACACAGUCAAUCAGACUGCGACGAUUGGUUAACUCCUGAAAAAAUAGCUGAAUGGUUAGGUAAUAAUGAUGUCUUGUCAAUAGUUUUGAGGGACAGCUUGCAUCAACCUCAAUAUGUUGAGAAGUUAGAAAAAAUUGUUCGAUUCAUGAUAAAGGAGAAGGCAUUAAAUUUGCAGGAUCUCGACCGAAUAUGGGAGGCUCAGACGGGAAAGCAUGAAGCCAUUGUAAAAAACGUUCAUGACCUCUUGGCUAAGUUAGCCUGGGAUUUCACACCACUGCAGUUAGACCAUUUAUUCGAAUGUUUCCAAGCUAGCUGGGGACAUGCCAGCAAAAAGCAGAGAGAGAAAUUAUUAGAAUUAAUUAGAAGAUUGGCCGAAGAUGAUAAAGAGGGAAUAAUGGCCAACAAGGUAUUGGUACUUCUGUGGUCUCUUGCUCAGAGUGAAGAUGUAUCCACUGAUAUAAUGGACCAGGCUUUGGUUGCUCAUAUAAAAAUUCUUGAUUACAGCUGUUCACAAGUUUCUUCGCAAGAUAGAGAUACACAGAAAAUGACCUGGGUAGCCAAAUUUGUUGAAGAACUUAAAAAAGACAGAAUGGUUCUGCCAGCAUUAAAACAGAUCAGAGAAAUAUGUCAGCUGUUUACAGAGGCUCCUCCGACUCAUUCACAUCUUCAGAGGCCCCAAACCAAUUACAGAAAUAAAGUCAUUAGUUAUUUGCAUAAUCAGUUCACCAUUGUCAAGCUUGUUAGUGAUAGCCUCGAAGUCUACAUGGAUCGGGCUAGAAAGUAUGCCAAAGAACAUCCCGAUGAGGACCCCAGUAAAAUUUUUCCAGACGGUCGAUUCAAUCACCAUCAACAAGUCAAUGACAGGUUGAAGUUUUUGAGAUUUCUUCUGAAAGAUGGUCAGUUGUGGCUCUGCAAGCCCCAGGCUAAUCAGAUUUGGACAACAUUAGCUGAAAAUGCUGUCUACCCAAUGGACAGAGAGAAUUGUUUUAAAUGGUACAGCAAAUUGAUGGGCGAUGAACCAGAUCUUGAUCCAGAAAUCACUAAGGAAUUCUUUCAGCAGUACAUCCUCAAGUUUGAUCCUGCACUUCUGACUGAGAGUGGAAUGAUCUGCUUUGAACGCUUCUUUCGCUUCAUAAAUUUAAAAGAUGGAAAAUUUUAUCCAAAGAGAAGGGGUGGGUACUUUAUGGAGAACUUGAAUCUUUUGGGUGUUGAGUAUCUCUGGAGGGUUGUAUCGUACAGCCCUGAUGAGGUUGCGGAGAAAGGAAUUCUACUGUUGAAAGACGUCUACACGAACCUAGGUGCACAACUGCAAGCUAAGCAGGUUGAAAUACAUGAAGAUUUUUUGCAGGAUUGUUUGAAUCGCUUGAAAGCCAUGUAUGAUACAGUCAAAGCUCUACAAAAGUUUGAUUCUACAAACAAACAACAGCCAUCUAAACAGCUCUCUCCAACACAACAAAAUCACAUCUCUCAGUCACCAAAAUCUUCACAAGAACAGUUGGAUGAAGAUCAGCAGCAGCAGCAGAUGAGACAACACGAACAACAAAUUCAACAGGAAGCAAAUCGCAUGAUAAGAAUAUUAACAGUUUUGAAGGUUUACAUAGUGGAGUGUGACGAAGCCUACUGCGAAGAGAGGGCCAUUUUGCCACUUGUCAGAGCUUGCAGAGGCAAACAAGUCAACCUCAUCAUCAGAUGUCCCAACCAGGGUCGCCCUAUCGAUGAUAUUGAACUAUGGUCUCACACAAAUGAAACAAUUGGUAAUGUUAGGAGGCAGUUGGCCAGUAGGAUGAAAGGUAACAACUUCAAAGUCGAGUUGUGCCUGAAUGGAGAUGUUAUAGAUCCGUGCAACGAUAGGAAGUUAGUGUCUCAGUUGGGGGCACAUGACAAGAUACAGUUAACAGUCAAGUAUCUCCAAGUGGGCACCCACAACCCUUCAAGCCCUGACAGCAGUUCUGGCAGUUCCAUUGGCUCCAUGCAUAAUAUUUAUGAAGGUCCUAACAUAGAAGCAGAAAAUUGUCUUCCAGGGGUACUGCUAGCACACAAACUCAUGUACACUAAUUUCCUCUUUAACCUGGCUGAUCUCGGUUGCCAACUAGAUGUUCCCAUGCUCAGAGAUUGUGCCAGGGAGAUUCUCAAGUUUAUGCCUGCAGAUUCCAAUGCAGUUGAACGACUGAUAAAAAUUUGCAAAGAGCAUGUAAACAGACACCCAUUGGAGAAACCCAUCAUCAUAGCACCUGACCUCGAAGCUCUCUUCUUUGGCCCUGGACCAUCCCAGGUGUUGUACUACCUGGAUGUUAUGCACUCCAUCCUGGUGCCAGCCACCAGCAACAGUGCUAACGUGACUUGGAACUUUCAGAAAAACUUUCUACUAAGUGGCGGUGUACCCCUCUGCCUGAAGAUAAUAUCAAGCGAUGAUUUCCUACAGAAUUCAGACCCGACAACAAAACGUAGCUGCUACUUGACCUGCUUAAAAAUCCUUAAGCUCAUCAUGCCGGCUGUAGGGUACGGCUACAUACAGAUGGUCAGCGAUGCCAUGCAAAACAACACAACAAAUCUAGUGGCCUUGACCCCCACCAUGCAUGCACAUGCUGUCCUUCUUCAAAAGGCCUUCAUGAACAUUCCCAACCCUAACGAGAAUAUCAUCAAAUCCUGGUCCCUCAAGCUAGGCCAAGAACUCUCUCUUAAGAUCACUGGAGUUUUGCCAAAUGAGGUCGUCUUGAAAGCCCUCCAGAGAAUCAUUUGGUCGUGUUUCAACGAACCGUCAUCACUGACGUCAUCGCCAUCUUCGCUCCUGGUCAAGCUGAGUGAGAGUGAUUGGAAAGUGGCCGGUGAUGGUUCAGUAUAUGGAAAUUACGACAUGGAUUACCAGGAUGCAGAUGAGGUGAACCUAUGCCACGAGUCUCUUGAGUUACUGACCGUAUGCAUCGUACUCUGCCAAGAGUCUGUUGACGUCAUCUGCAAGGAUAAAGCCUGGCAGACUUUUAUCAUCAGCCUGCUACUUGGAUGUAAAAAUAGGUCAAUAAGAAUAAUGGCUUCGGAUCAGUUUUAUCAAGUGGCGACGAAUGUGACGAGUAGUAACAACAAGCUGGUCAUCUACUUUAUAACGUUACUCUUCACACUGCUUUCUGACAAUGCUGCAAUGCUGUCUCCAGAGUAUUUCAAUUUACUUUGCAGGCUGUUGAAUUAUACCUGCGAGUUUGGGAUUCCAUUGAACCAGGCAGAGGCUCUUCUAAAUCAGGAGAUUGUCUGGCUCAAAAGAUUGCGGGUCCGUGAUUGA